AUGGAGGACAUCGUACAGCUCAAUCAAGACUACCAGAUACUUAUCUGCCGGCUUUGUCAGUCGGCCGUUCGACCCGGCAGCAGCAUCGAGCUACAUUUUCGGCGGCAGCAUCAGCUUAAGGGACAAAUACUCAAGGACAUCAAAGACUACUACAGCACACUUGAACUAGCUGACCCGAAGCUUGCCAUCUCACACGGAUACAGCUGCAACGCGUGCCGAUAUCUUACUAUUGCACGCGAUAGUAUCGUCCGUCAUCGGCGAGAGGCAGGGCACGAUAUAGCAGAGGAACCGUGGAUUAAGGUGCGGCUACAGACGUGGAUAGGAGGAAAGCAUGCACGCUACUGGAUCGUUCGAGAUGACAGCGACAGUAAUGGCCCGUCCGAUAUAGCUGAUACAGCUGAUACUACCAGUCGGAGUGCUAUGGAUGAGCUUAUUGCUAUAAGUCAGGCUCGAUUGGAAGAGGAAGAUGCCGUACGACUACGGAAGGGUGACUUGAAGGAAGAGAUCGACCGUGACUCGCCGUGGGUCAAGAGGCUAGGUUGGGUACGACACAGACAUGGCUAUAUGAAUAUUCAAAUAAGGCCUUAUAUGAAUAUGCAUGAAUAUAUUCCGUUCACGGUUUCCAGGCUGUACUGA